ACUCACAAGUUCACGAGUCGCCGCGCCAAGCCAAGCGACGCCAGUCCCGGCUUCCGACGAGUGAGGCCGUGUGACACCGCAAGCAGAGCGACGAGAUACUAGCCAGAAGUGAGAAGCCACACCAUGUCGUUGGCAGGGGUUUGGGACCGGCGUGGUGGCACUGGCACCGGCAGCGUCAGGCUGGAGCUGCCGCGCCAGCAGCCGCCGGUGGCGGUGGACGUCGGGUGCAACUGCCGCGGGGCGAGGCUGCUCGGCUCCCUGCUCUCCGCGCUUAAGUCCCACGCGGGCGGCGCCGGCAAGGCCAAGUCGUCUCCGCACGCGUCGUCGUCGUGGUCGUCAUCGGCCACCACCACGACGGCCUUCACGCCCUCCGUCUCCGCCACCACGGCCACCUCGGCCUCCUCCGCCGCCGACCACCUCCACUCGUGGGGCCCCGCGACGUACGCCGUCAACGCCAGCGCCCUCUACGACGACGGCGACGGAGUUCACGACACCGACCGCGCGAGGCGCCAGAGGCGGCAGCGGCGUCGGCGUCGGCGGAGGAGCAGCAGCAGGUGCAGGAGAGCGGGGCAGGGGAGGAGGGCUGCGGCGCCGGGGGAGGAGGAGGAGGAGGCGGCGGUGGCGGUGGAGGUGGAGUCGGCGGCGCCGUACGAGGACUUCCGGGACUCGAUGGUGGCGAUGGUGACGGAGAAGGAGAUUUACGCGUGGGAGGACCUGAACGCGCUGCUGCACCAGUUCCUGGCGCUCAACUCGCCGCGCCACCACCCGCUCAUCCUCACCGCCUUCGCCGACCUCUGGGCGCCCCGCGGCGGCCUCUUCUGCCCCCGUCCCCGUGCCUCCUCUGAGGGCUGAGGCUCUGAGUCUACCACCUCGCUCUCACCGUCGCCCUCGCCCGCCAGUAAGAUUGUAACGCUGACGCAUACGUGUUCUAAAGCUAAAACUAAGAAGCUUUAUUCGUGAGAUGCCAGUGUACUAAUACCAGGCUACUACUA